GGUUGACGAAAGAAAUCCUUGGACUGCUGUUCUUUUCAUUGUAAUUUUGUGUAAAUAGAAUUUGGAUGUUUGUUUUGUAAUAAGUACUUAAAUGUGAUUAGUGUGUAACUAAAAUAUAAUAAUGUCUAAUAGUACAAUAGAAAAAAAAUUGAAGGGGUUAGAGGAGCGGUUCGAAAACGAAAUGCGUAUUCAAAGAGAGGGUGGCAUCCACAAUCAAGGUGGACUUGGGGCUUCCAGACCCGGGAGCGGCCGGAGACCAAGGCCUCAUGCUAUGUUCACCGGUAGAGAAAUACCAGCGUUCCCACCGAGAUCACCACAAGCGUCAGAGACGGAGAACAGAAUGAGGGAGGUUUAUAAGGUUAGCGGCAAAUUAAACGUGAACGGGGCAGAGUACCGCUCGCACGUGGACGACUUACAGCACCUAGGCGAGCUGGGCAGCGGCACCUGCGGCCAUGUCGUGAAGAUGCUGCACAAACCCUCCGGCACUGUUAUUGCUGUUAAACAAAUGCGCCGCUCCGGCAACUCGGAAGAAACAAAGCGGAUUUUAAUGGACUUGGACGUGGUAGUCCGCUCCCACGGCUGCCCGUACAUCGUGCGCUGCCUCGGCUGCUUCGUGACGGACGCCGACGUGUGGAUAUGCAUGGAGCUGAUGGCCUCGUGCUUCGACAAGCUGCUGAAGCGGCUUGGCGCGCCUAUACCGGAAGCGAUCCUGGGCAAGGUCACUGUGGCGACGGUGAAAGCCCUAUCGUACCUCAAAGACGAGCACGGAGUGAUCCACCGAGACGUGAAGCCCAGCAACAUCUUACUAGACGAGUGCGGCAACGUGAAGCUGUGCGACUUCGGCAUCAGCGGCCGCCUCGUGGACUCCAAGGCCAAGACAAGGAGCGCCGGCUGCGCGGCGUACAUGGCGCCGGAGCGCAUAGACCCGCCGGAUCCGGCGCGGCCGGACUACGACAUCCGCGCCGACGUGUGGUCGCUCGGCAUCUCGCUGGUGGAGCUGGCCACCGGCGUGUUCCCCUACCGCGACUGCCAGAACGACUUCGAGGUGCUCACGAGGGUAAUAGCAGACGAUCCCCCACAGUUACCAGAAGAUUGUAAUUUCUCCCCAGAAUUUAAGUCAUUCGUAUCACAGUGCCUAACAAAAAACUACCGGCAUCGGCCGAAAUACGCCAAACUCCUCGAACACCCUUUUGUAGUGAACUCCGCGCGAAGUAACGUGUCAGUGGGGGCGUGGUAUGCGUCGUUACCAAUUCCAAGCCACGGCACGCCCCUAAAGACUGCAGUGCCACAAAGAAGCGUGCCGAGUCCGCAUAUAGCGUCGGAAUUGGGAACAGUGACGACGUUAGCAACGCACAACGUUUCAAGUAAUGGAUAUGACGCACCAGCGACGCCAGUGAGGAACUUUGUGACGAGCGCCACGCACUGGACGCCGGAUCAGGCCACGCCCACGCCUAGUAGGCCGUGGUGGGCGACGGCGGGCAACUCCAACGCGGGCGGCAGCAGUUCGCAGCCUGCCAGCCUCGAGGCAGACUUCUCCAACCACUCGCCAUACCCUCGGAGAAGAACAAUCGAAGCGUGCGCAUCUCCCCCACCGCCCGUUCGCCGCGUGUCGGCCGAUAGUCGCUGGCGUGCGUCUCCUCAGAGUUCAGGCAACACUAGUCCGAUAGUUCUACAGAGGUUCUAUCACCAAAGCCAACAGAGGAGGUCGAGGGUAGACCUACACGCCACUCCCAGGCAUAGGAGUUUAAGCAGGGACCACAGCACGGGCCGCUCGCCCGAGCCGCCGCCGCGGACCAGCCGGCAGCACCACAUGUUAGGCCACGAAGCGAACGGAAGCAUGGAGUUGGAGCCCCCGGCGCUCCACGAGAGGUUGCACCCCGCCUCGCCCCUACUGCUCAGUAAUGAUAAGUUAUCAGAAGGCCGGAGCCAGAGCUUAACCCGCGCGGAGCUCCGCAACGGCGUGCGCGCCGACACGACGCGCGCCACGCGACACGACGACCAGGGCUGGCUGCACUCGCUCGCCGGGCUGGUGAAGCGCCGGCUCAGCGGGUACGUCAAGUGGCAUCACCUUGCAGCGCGACCACGCGACCCCGCGCACCCGCAGAGGCACAGCGAGAGCUGGAGCGUGCCGGCGUCGCCGCUGCCGCCUCGCGCGCCGCCGCCGCGGCCCGCCGACUAGCGCCCGGCGCGCGCGCGCGCGUGCUGCGGCGCGUGACCCGCGCGCAAAGGGCAGGGGACGCGCGCUACUCGACGCCAGUUCAUGCGUGUUCACGCGCUACUCGUCGCCAGUUCAUGUGUGUUCGUGCGCUACUCGUCGCCAGUUCAUGUGUGUUCGCGCGCUACUCGUCGCCAGUUCAUGCGUGUUCGUGCGUUACUCGACGCCAGUUCAUGUGUGUUCGCGCGCUACUCGUCGCCAGUUCAUGUGUGUUCGUGCGCUACUCGUCGCCAGUGCAUGCGUGAUCGCGCGCUACUCGUCGCAACUUCAUGUGUGUUCGUGCAUCACUUCAGCUUGACGUCAUGAGAUUCGCUCACUUUGAGGCUAGAAAAUAUAACAUUUACUUGCCGUGGCCGAGUCGGUUGCGAAGCGAAAGCGUUUACAAUCGCCCUUUGGGCGUACACACUCGUGAACUUUAUUGUAUUAUAGCUGCUAGCAGUACGCUACGACUGCUGCGAUGUUUUAAGCCAAAGAAACUGCACGUGUCGCGAUUCUAUUAUGCGUGUCGUUAUGAAUUCGGAACGCUUCGCCACGCUUUCGGUUCGGCGUCUGUUUGACACGGCUUUAUCGAGUGUAUUUAAUAAGUCUUUGUAGGCGGUAGCUGUGUGUAUCGCGAUGUGGUGAUAACUGUGCUUACUGUGUUAAAUGUUCGUACUCAAAAUCAUUGUGAGUGUAUUUGGAGUCGGUUCAAACAAUCAAAAGUUAUGUGUCUCUAUGUUUGUCAAAGCUUUUCAUCGGACUCGCUAUUCAUUUCUGCGUCCUAAAUUCAAUGAGGACGCAUAUUCGUCACUACAUCGCCACACAACCACCACCUAAUACGUUUGCUAUAGGAAAUUUGUUUUCAGUGUUCAAUAAAGUUCCUGCUAUAUUUUCUAACCGCUCCACACGCUUGGCAAAAUAGACUGUGCGUGCGAUUUGUUCGCUAUAUCUAAAAAAAGUUGCAAAUUUUUUAUAAGAAAAAAGGAAGUAGACCUCAAAUCAAAUUGGUCUAACAACUUUUAAACAUAAUUAAUUAAAAAUUGGUCCAAUGUAAUGGAUACAAGUUUUUGAAGAUUUCAGCGUUUGUUCAUAGCUUAAUAUUAGUAACCGAAUGAGGCACUGUUACGGCCGUAGUUCGGUGAUUCGUGUAAUAUAAUACACCGUGCAGUAUUAAAUCAUAAUAUGAUCAACAUUAAAGCCAUAAUUUUCAAAUCGUUUAAUAUUAUUUUGGUUUUCAUUGACACACAUUGAACAGGGCAGAGGCAACGUUAAAGCCUAAUCAUGUAAACCAAAAACUGACGUAAUUAAAUAAAUAAAUAUUACUUGUACAAAGAUUUCAAAUCGUGCACAAUAACAGUAUUUUCACAAACACUGCAUUUUGUAAAGUAACAAAAUGUUCAAAUGCUUUACGUUUUGAAUAUUAACUUAAAUAAUUUCAUUAAUAACUAAUCGUGUAAUCGUGAGAUUAAAUUUGAUGAGACUCAAAACUAGAGCUUUAGGUCAGUUGUGAAAAUCGUAAUCUAUAAUCUUAUAAUCAUGUUGUACCAGCAAAAUUUAUGCACAUCGUUCUUUUAAAAGAGACUGUUACAGAUAAGUGAUAAUUCAGUAGUUUUGUGUUGUAGAAUUGAAAGUCCAACAAAAACUACAAGUCCUUAUAGGACUUAUAUCACUAAUGUCCAACAAAUAGAUGAUUGCUCCAGUUAAAAACUGCCAUUUUAAAUCUUUGGUUCUGUGAAAGCUUGUGUAAUGCUUUAAAUAAAAUAUACAUUUUCUAUGGACUCCAUGACACAACGCUCUGUUAUUCUUGGCCGGUUUUUAACAGUCUCUUCUCAAAGGCAGGUGUGUGUUAUUUUGUGCCUAAAUGCUAGACGAGCGAAUUAUUUAGAAUUUAAAGUGAGCCUUUAUAAUGCUUAGAGGACUGCGUAUCAUGUAUUUAAGGACUCUUGAAGGUUCUGACGUGUUCAAUAAUUAUCAUCAUAUUUGUGACGUCAUUAAAAUAACUAAACGUAGAAAUAGAUUUUUUUAAAAAUACAAAGUAAGUUCUUUCGUACAAAUAACAUAUUCACUUGCUUUGUUUGCAAAAUUAAUUUAAAAACUUCACGCGAAAUGAUAACCUGCCUUAAUUUAUUUUGAACCUAAUGUACCUAAGUUUGAAGCUCAGAAUCUAUUAGGUAUAUCAGUCAUAUAAAAGUAAUAUGAUGGUAAAUAUUGAGCACGUAGUGUGCAUACGCUUAGUUCUGCAGAGACCAGACCAUAUUUAACGAUACAGUGCAAACAAACGUUCGACUGUAAAUAUCUUGUAUCAUAUUGGUAAGUGACUUGCAAUACUUAACUCUAAUCCUUUAGUUUGUUACACAAAUAUAGAUUUUAAUUUUAAUACAACGGAUUGUAAUUAAUAGAUCGUUAUAGUAUAUAGCUUAUUUUUAUUGUAGAGUGUAAUUUGUACAUUUUAUUUUAGUAAUUAAUUUGUUCGACCAAAUGUAUAGGAUUUAGACGUUUUGUUUUCAAGCUUCUAAGUACAGUCACAUUUGAAAACAAUGUAUAAUGUUGUUAACGGCAGUUUAUGUCACACAAAAUAUUUAUUGAUAAGUCAUCUCUUGUAAUGUUUGAAUGGAAUAGUUUAUCGAGAUCGGGCUUAAAAUCUUUAUGAUUACUUGAUAAUAUUAGAGUAACGGUGAUAAACUUAGUAUCAUGUGUAGCACUUUUUCCAUGUGACUAAUAAAUGAGACAUUAUAAGACUAAAGCCUGGUCCGUGAGCACGUAGAAUUUUGUCCAAUGACCCCUAGCUACCCAUCCUUAUCGCUCGCGCGUAAUUAUGUUGCUGUCGCGCUCGCACACUCACUGCGGGCGCGCGUCGCACAGUCGCGACAGCAAUAUAAUUACGCGCGAGCGAUAAGGAUGGGUAGCUUGGGAUCAUUGGACAAAAUUCUACGUGCUCACGGAUCAGGCUUUAGUUAAAAACGUACUCUACCAAAUAAUAGCAAUUUGUAUACCUCAAUUUGCCUAACACUAUGUCUUGAAUGGUUAUAGUGCUACUUGAUGGAAAUAUUUUAAUCCACGAAAUGUAAUGAAUUUUAUACGCUCCGGCUUAGAACACAAAAUAGCAAUUCGCGUGUUACUUUGUGGUUUACCGCACGCGUGUCCCACGUUGGGCGCCAGGAAUCGACUGUCAAAAAUAUAUUUAUCUAGGCAAAAAAAAAUGUGUUUUUUGAAACAAGUGGUGUCAAAACUUUUGGAAUUUAUUUAUUUACUUGUUACUUAAAGAAUGUGGGCGGAUUUUAAGAUAGAUUUUUAAAUUAUAUUGUAGAAUGUAGAUCAUAAUGUAAUUGGCCAAUCAACUGCCCAUAUUUCCACAUAAAUAUGAAAUUCUGUUUGAAAGUGUAUGUUAAAUCUGCUAUGAAGGUAGUUUGAAGCAUAAAGCUUCACAGCUUUGCUUUAUAAUUAUACUACUUUGAAUUUGUAAUAUAAAUCCGACAAUAAUCACUAGCAAUAAAUAAAUUGAUGAAACUAUUAAAGGAAAUGUUCAAAAUUCAAUCAUAAUAGCUAGCAUUAAGAUUGAAACUGACGUGACAGUCGAUAUCCGACAGUGGCGCCCUCUAGUCCGCACGCCGCCCACGUGCAAGCGCCUUAGAAUAAGACGAGACUAUAUUUAAACAAAAUUAUUUAAUUAAACAACGAUUAACUUGUUUUUUUUUUCAUUGCAAUAAUUAUUAUUUUUAUGUGUACUGUAAUAAAUUCGAUGAUCAAAU